AUGUCACCACACGCCACAACCGAUAAAAAACAAUCAGGAACCGCUAGAGUUUUGGGAUCUGCUUCUGCAGGUAUCUGUGAAAUCGCUGUUUUCCACCCAGUGGACACUAUUUCCAAGAGAUUAAUGUCAAAUCACGGUAAGAUUACAUCUGCUGCUCAAUUAAACAGUGUUAUUUUCAGGGAACACGCUAAAGAAGCUUUAGGAAAGAGAUUAUUCACAUUAUUCCCUGGUUUAGGAUAUGCUGCUUGUUACAAGAUUUUACAAAGAGUCUACAAGUACGGUGGACAACCAUUUGCUAACGAAUUUUUGACUAAGAAUUUCAAGGACAACUAUGAAUCGUGGUUCGGUCCUAAGACCGGUAAAGCAUUAUUAUCAGCUACUGCAGGUUCGUUGAUUGGUAUUGGUGAAGUUGUGUUGUUACCUUUGGACGUUUUGAAAAUCAAACGUCAAACAAACCCAGAAUCUUUCCGUGGUAGAGGUGUGUUCAGGAUUUUUGCUGAUGAAGGAUUUGGUUUAUACAGAGGUUGGGGUUGGACUGCGGCCAGAAAUGCUCCGGGUUCUUUUGCUUUGUUCGGUGGUAACUCUUUUGCUAAAGAGUACAUCUUCGGUUUGUCAGACUACUCGUCGGCCACUUGGUCCCAAAAUUUCAUCACAUCUAUCUUCGGUGCCUCCGCAUCUUUGAUUGUUUCUGCUCCAUUGGACGUUAUCAAGACCAGAAUUCAGAACAGAAACUUCGAUAACCCACAAUCUGGUUUCACUAUCUUGAAGAACAUGGCCAAGAAUGAAGGUAUAUCCUCGUUUUUCAAGGGUUUGACCCCAAAGCUUUUAACUACUGGUCCUAAGUUGGUCUUCUCGUUCGCAUUAGCCCAAUCUUUAAUUCCUGCCUUUGAUAAGAUGUUGAAAUAG